UCCAAGCAAACUACACACUUUACCAUAAUAGAAGGGAACCACAGAAAGCAUUUACUGCCAUUCCAAUGCGUUUCUGAUCAAGUAAAACAGGAAAAGCCCAAAACGACACUCCAAGUAGCGUCCUUCCCUUUCUUUCUCCUUUGAUGUUCUCCCUCUUCUCCACGUUGUUAAACCCCAAACAAAACCAGAAACCUUAACCCCCCCUCCCCCUCCAUCCACGAAAAUGGAGACAGCAAUUCUCCUUCGCUCUUCCAACAAAUUACUCCAUUUCCCUCGCUACUACACUCCCCGCAACUUCUUUCGCCUUUUCUCUUCCUCAUCUAAAUCGCCACGCUCCUCGCCCUCCCCCCCACGCAAUCUCCACCGUCCGAUUAACCCCCUCACCUCUCGCUCCCUCCUUCUCCGCCGCCGCUGUAGAUUACUCCCUCUCUCUGCCACGCCAUACUCAUCCUCUUUCCACUUCAUCAAACAUCACCUCUCUUCUUCCUCUCCUCACGCCAUCGCCACCCAAUGCACUCCAGAUGUUAGCACCUUGCCUGACGAGGUUGCGGCGAAAUAUGGAUUUGAGAAAGUAUCAGAGGAGUUUAUCGGAGAGUGUAAAUCAAGAGCUGUGUUAUUCAAGCAUAAAAAAACUGGAGCUGAAGUCAUGUCUGUUUCCAAUGAUGAUGAGAAUAAAGUUUUCGGCAUUGUUUUUCGCACUCCGCCGAAGGAUUCAACUGGGAUACCACACAUAUUGGAACACAGUGUGUUAUGUGGGUCAAGGAAGUACCCAUUGAAAGAACCAUUUGUUGAAUUAUUGAAAGGAAGUCUGCAUACGUUUCUGAAUGCAUUCACUUAUCCUGACCGGACCUGCUACCCAGUUGCUUCCACGAACACAAAGGAUUUCUAUAACUUGGUUGAUGUAUACCUGGAUGCUGUAUUCUUUCCUAAAUGUGUGGAGGAUCACCAUACUUUUCAACAGGAGGGUUGGCAUUUUGAGCUCAACAAUCCUUCAGAAGAAAUAUCUUAUAAAGGAGUUGUUUUUAAUGAAAUGAAGGGUGUCUAUUCUCAACCUGAUAAUAUUCUAGGACGGACUGCUCAGCUGGCUCUUUUCCCAGACAAUACCUAUGGUGUUGAUAGUGGAGGAGAUCCAAAAGUUAUUCCCAAAUUGACCUUUGAUCAAUUUAAGGAGUUUCACGGUAAAUAUUACCACCCCAGCAAUGCCAGGAUAUGGUUUUAUGGAGAUGACGAUCCAACUGAGCGCUUACGCAUCCUGAGUGAGUAUCUAGAUAUGUUCGAUGCAAGUUCAGCUUCAAAUGAGUCAAGGAUUGAGCAACAGAAAUUCUUUUCAGAGCCUGUCAGGAUUGUUGAGAAAUAUCCGGCUGGUGAUGGCAGUGAUUUGAAAAAGAAGCAUAUGGUAUGCCUUAAUUGGUUGCUAGCAGAUAAGCCCUUAGACUUGGAAACUGAGCUUACUCUUGGCUUUUUGGAUCAUCUUAUGUUGGGAACCCCUGCUUCACCCUUGAGGAAAAUCUUACUGGAAAGUGGUCUUGGAGAUGCCAUUGUUGGUGGUGGAGUUGAAGAUGAGCUGCUUCAACCACAAUUUAGUAUUGGGUUGAAGGGUGUCUCUGAAGAAGACAUUGAAAAGGUAGAAGAAUUAGUCAUGAGUACACUUAAGAAGUUAGCAGAGGAAGGAUUUGAGACAGAUGCCGUGGAGGCUUCCAUGAAUACAAUCGAGUUUUCUCUCAGGGAAAACAACACUGGGUCAUUUCCUCGUGGCUUAUCACUGAUGCUUCAAUCCAUUAGCAAAUGGAUAUAUGAUUUGGAUCCCUUUGAGCCUUUGAAGUAUGAGAAACCCUUGAUGGCCCUAAAAGCAAGAAUAGCUGAGGAAGGUUCCAAAGCUGUUUUUUCUCCUUUAAUUGAGAAAUUUAUCUUGAACAAUCUUCAUCGUGUUACCAUUGAAAUGCAGCCUGAUCCUGAGAAAGCUUCUCGUGAUGAAGCUGCUGAAAGAGAAAUUUUGGAGAAAGUAAAAGCAAGCAUGACUGAAGAAGAUCUUGCUGAGCUAGCACGUGCUACACAGGAGCUGAGAUUAAAGCAGGAAACUCCUGACCCACCUGAAGCUUUAAGAAGUGUUCCAAGCCUCUCUUUGCUUGACAUUCCCAAAGAACCCAUACAUGUUCCCACUGAGGCUGGGGAUAUCAAUGGAGUAAAAGUACUGAAGCAUGACCUCUUCACAAAUGAUGUCCUUUAUGCUGAAAUUGUCUUUAAUAUGAGAUCACUGAAGCAAGAACUUCUUCCUUUAGUGCCACUUUUCUGUCAGUCAUUGCUUGAAAUGGGCACAAAGGAUUUGUCCUUUGUGCAACUUAACCAGUUGAUUGGAAGAAAAACUGGAGGUAUAUCUGUUUAUCCAUUCACAUCAUCCGUUCAAGGCAGGGAGGAUCCAUGCAGUCAUAUAAUUGCUCAGGGUAAAGCCAUGGCAGGUCGUGUUGAGGACUUAUUCAACCUGGUUAAUUGCGUUCUUCAAGAAGUCCAAUUUACAGACCAGCAACGCUUUAAGCAGUUCGUUUCCCAAAGCAAAGCAGGAAUGGAGAACCGUUUAAGAGGCAGUGGCCACAGAAUUGCAGCUACAAGAAUGGAUGCAAAGUUAAAUGUUUCAGGAUGGAUUUCCGAACAAAUGGGUGGUGUAAGUUACUUGGAAUUCCUGCAAGCUCUCGAGGAGAGAGUUGAUCAAGAUUGGGCUGGAGUUUCAUCAUCUCUUGAGGAAAUUCGUACAUCCUUGUUAUCAAAGAAUGGCUGCUUGAUAAACAUGACUGCUGACGGGAAAAAUCUCACCAACUCAGAAAAGUACGUUAGCAAGUUUCUUGAUUUGCUUCCUAGCAAGUCUUCUGUUGAAGCUGCUGCUUGGAAUGCUCGACUUUCUCCAGGAAAUGAAGCUAUUGUGAUUCCUACACAGGUUAAUUAUGUUGGCAAAGCUGCUAAUAUCUAUGACACUGGUUAUCAGCUUAAUGGGAGUGCUUAUGUUAUCUCCAAACACAUUAGCAAUACAUGGUUGUGGGAUCGUGUGCGUGUUAGUGGUGGGGCAUAUGGAGGGUUUUGUGAUCUUGAUACUCACUCAGGAGUGUUCUCCUUUUUAUCCUAUCGUGAUCCCAACUUGCUGAAGACACUUGAUGUAUAUAAUGGAACUAGUGCUUUUCUACGUCAAUUAGAAAUGGACGACGAUACUCUCUCCAAAGCAAUAAUUGGGACUAUUGGAGACGUGGAUUCAUACCAGCUGCCAGAUGCCAAAGGUUAUAGUAGUUUAUUGCGGUAUUUAUUGGGAAUCACAGAAGAAGAAAGGCAAAAGAGACGUGAAGAAAUAUUGUCAACCAGUUUGAAAGACUUCAAGGAAUUUGGGGAGGUAAUCGAGGCUGUUAAAGAUAAAUGGGUUUCAGUUGCCGUGGCGUCUCCAGAUGAUGUUGAUGCUGCAAACAAAGAGCGUUCCAACUAUUUUGAUGUGAAGAAAGCCCUUUAAUGCCUCCCAUAUUGUAUCUUUCAGGACAGAUACUCUUCCCCACCCCCACCACAGCAUAUCAGAUCAACUGAUAUCUCAAUUUUUUCUUUCAGUGAUUGACAACUUAUUAACGAGUAGGGAAUUAGAGGAGUUUUUUUUUUGCUAUUUAAAACCCCAAUACUGUACCUGUGGUUCCGUAGAGGUUACCUGUACAGUGUUGUCAUUUAUCUCCUUCAAGAUGAACUUAAGAACUGUUACCAUCCUUUUCUCCCUCAUUUUAACAGAUUGAAAAACCAUUUCGAGAGGGUUGCUGCACUUGAUCUCACCAUGGAUUCAAUUUUUUCCUGCACUUGAAUAACACACUUUAAUGGAAAAGGAGAUUUCAUA